AUGUCUAUGAUUACGGCUACGGCCUGGGUCCCGCGGGGCUUCGCCGCACCCUUCCCCACCAAAUCUACCUUUGACGAAGCCGAGUUCGAACGCAUCGCAGAACUCGCCAAGCUCCAACUCGAUGAUGCGGAGGAAGACUUGAGGCAGGCUCAAGAAGCGCAGGGCGAUGCUUCCGACGAAGACGGAAAGCCAACAAAAGGCACCUCGACCGAGAAGACGGGAAACGGAGACAAGAAAUCGAUUGAAACGUCACAAAUCGAUAUCAAUGAUGAUGAUCUGAAGGAAUACGACCUCGAACAUUACGACGACGACGACGACGACAACAACAACAACAACAACAACGAUGACGAAGAUGCUGUCGGCAAGGGCGAGCCGCUAACCAUGUUCGGCAACGUGAAGUCCCUAGCAUAUUACGAGUCGAACAAGGACGACCCGUACAUCACCCUCCCGGACGAAGAGGACGAAGACGAAGAGCGCGAGGACCUGCAAAUUCUAGCGACCGACAACCUCCUGCUGGCGGCGAAGGUGGAAGAUGAGCUGGCACAUUUGGAAGUCUACGUCUACGAGGACGAGGCCGACAACCUCUACGUUCACCACGACAUCAUGCUUCCCGCGAUACCCCUCUGCGUCGAGUGGCUGGAUAUCCCCGUGCAAAAGAAAGGCGUCGACAAAGAUGCGACGGCCAAUUUCGUUGCCGUCGGCACAAUGGACCCGGACAUUGAGAUUUGGGACCUGGACGUGAUAGACUGCAUGUACCCCAACGCCAUAUUAGGCCAGGGCGGCGAGGGAGCCGAGGAGAAGAAGCAGAAGAAGAAGAAGAAGUCAAAGAAGGCGAACGACGAGUACCACGUCGACGCGGUGUUGGCCCUGGCGGCCAACAGGAAACACCGGAACUUGCUGGCGUCAGCGUCAGCAGACAAGACGGUCAAGCUCUGGGACCUGCACACCGCCAAGUGCGCCAAAUCGUACUCGUACCACACGGACAAGGUGUGCUCGCUGGCUUGGCACGCGGCCGAGACGACGGUGCUGCUGAGCGGCAGCUACGACCGCACGGUGGUGGCGGCGGACAUGCGGGCGCCGGAGGCCAAAGCGCCGCGAUGGGGCGUGGAAAGCGACGUCGAGACGGUCCGGUGGGACCCGCACGACGCGAACUACUUCUUCGUCUCGACGGAGAGCGGCAUGGUGCACUACCACGACGUGCGCAGCGCACCCACCAACCCGGCGGGCACAAAGGCCGUCUGGACGCUGCAGGCGCACGACGAGUCGGUGUCGUCGUUCGACGUCAACCCCGUCGUCCCCGGCUUCCUGGCCACCGGCUCGACGGACAAGACGGUCAAGCUGUGGAACGUCCAGGCGAGCGGGCCCAGCAUGGUGGUGUCGCGGAACCUGGACAUCGGGAAGGUCUUCGCUACGAAGUUCGGGCCGGAUCCCGAGGUGGCGUUCCGGCUCGGCGUCGCGGGCAGUCAGGGUACGAUGCACGUGUGGGACACGAGCACCAACGCGGCGGUCCGGAACGCGUUCGCCCACCGGCAUGCGGUGCCGGUGCGGGAGGGUGCCCCGGAGGACAGGCUAGUGGGGGUUGAAUCGGACGAUAGCGAAAGCGACGACGACGAUGACGACGACGAUAUGGAGGAAUUCGAGAACAGAGCCAAGAAGGGCAAUCAAGAGGACGAGUCGAUGGACGAGGAUUAA